CUCAUCUCCAUCUCCCUCUCUCGCCACUGCGAAACCCUAAUCUCCGUCCUCCCUCUUCCCGUUCCGUCACCGCUCCCGCAAUCGCUCCGUCUCCCUCCCGGAUUGCGCCCGCCCUCCCGUUCCGCCGCCGCGACUCGCCGGAGGACCCCGGCUUCUCGGCCUCCGCGCUCUUGCGGGAGCUCCGGCUUUCUGCCGCUUCCGGAAUCGAUUGCUGCUGAGGCGGCGGCGGCGGCGGCGGGUGCUGGGGGUUCCCUUUUCCCCUAAUCCCUCCGGACGGGGAUUUCGCGCCGCCCCUUUCGAACCCUAGGCGCCGGGAGUUGUCGGAGUUCCUCACGUCCUUAGGGUUGGGGGGGGUUAAAUUUCGGCCAUUGGACCCGUGCGGGAGUUUCUGAUUUGAGGCGCCCCUCAUUGGAUUUUUUGAUUUCGGGACUUUGGGAUAUUGUCGGAAUUCCGGGCUGUCGUGGGGAAGUGGCUCGCUUGCGGUGCGCGCGCUUGUGCGUAAUGAGGGUCGGCUGACCUUGCCUUGCUGCGCCCGCGAAAUCCAUCUCUUCAUUGGGAUGGAGGUGUAGAGGGGAGCCCCUCUUCUCAUCAUUGUGCUUAUUUCCGGGGGGGUUAAUGCGUGUUCUGGUUGUCAUUGCCUUCGUACUCGCGCUUGCGUUAGGAUUUUGUUCUUCUGAUAGACUUGCCUAGUUAAUUGCCGGUGCUUUGCUCGUCGGGAGCGGCGGAAGGUGCUUUGAGGGGAUCGCGACGACACGGCAUCUUUUGACUAGGAAGGGACAUUGGUUUUCAGGAUAAGGUUUCCGGGACUCUGAACAGAUGGGAAAGGGCGGCAAAGUAUAGUAGUUGUUCGAUUUAGGCUCUUAAUAUUCUCUGAGGAUGUGCAUCGCUCCCCAUGGAAAGAAGUGAACCCACUUUAGUUCCAGAGUGGCUGAGGAAUUCUGGCGGCGGAGGUGCUUCGGGAGUCAGCAGCUCAGCCAACCACUCUUCACAUUCAGAAUCUCCUUCUUCGGGAUCUCGUAGGAGAAGUAAAACUUCCAAGGGCGGGAAUGACUUUGAUGGCCGCCACUCGACAUUAGACCGCACGUCUUCACUUAAUUUACGGGGGAGUUCUGGUAAUAAUGGUCUUGUAAAGAAUGCAUACAGUAGUUUCAGUAGGAGUCACCGCGACAGGGAACGCGACAGGGAAAGAGGACGGUUGAGCUAUGAUGAGUCUUGGGACCUCGAUGGUUCUGAUUCACUGGGAUGUGUCUUAAAUAAUAGGAUUGAGAAAGAUCCACUGAGGCAUUCCCAUUCAAUGAUUCCAAGAAGGCACGGUGAACUGUUGCCUCGUCGUGUGGUUCCAGAGGUAAAAAAUGGAAGCAAUGAUGCACAAGAUAACAUUGCUAAGAAUGGUCCAAUUUCUGGGGUUAGUACCAUUCACCAUGCUGUAUCUGAGAAGGAUUUCCCAUUGCUUGGAGCGGAAGAAAGGCAAGGGAUGGCAGAUAAAGGAAGAGCCAUGUCCCCUGGUUUGCCUGCCAACAUCAAUUGUUUGCCAGGUGCUAGUUCAGCUUUAGCUAGCAGUGAAGGAUGGACAUCGGCUCUGGCGCAGGUGCCGAGCAUCUCUCCAACUAAUGGCGUACAAUCCUCAUCUCAUCAACAAAAUGCAGUUGCUGCUCCGGUAUGUGGGACUGCAACGGCAACGACUGGUCUUAAAAUGGCUGAAGCUUUAGCACAGGCUCCGUUGCGAGCAAAAACUGCUCCCCCGUUGUCAGUGAAGACACUGAGGCUUGAGGAGUUGGCCAUUAAGCAAUCUAGGCAGCUUAUACCGGUGACCCCGUCAGGUUCUAAGACUUCAGUGCUUAAUUCGUCUGAAAAAUCCAAGUCGAAAGCAGCUGUAAGAAAUGGGGAGAGAAUAUCUGCUGUCAGGAGUGGGCAACAGCAACUCUCUUUAUCUGCUAAUCAGUUUCUUCGAGGUGGACAUACUAAAUUGGAUUCACCACAGACACCUCAUGCUGGGAAGUUUUUAGUUCUCAAGUCCACCAGGGAGAAUGGUGUUUCUCAUGCUCCAAAGGAUAUGGGAAGUCCAACCAGUGUUAGUAGCAGCAAAUCAUUGAGCAGCCAGCCUAAUGUUGCUAGUUCUGUGGCUCCUGCUCCUUUAAAAAUUGUGAACAACCCGACGCAUUCCUCUCUGGAAGACAAGUCUGCUGUCUCCUUUUUGAACCCUGUUACAGUUUUGGAGAAGAGACCUUCCUCGUCUCAUGCACAAAGCCGAAGUGAGUUUUUCAAUCUCAUUAAAAGGAAAAACUCAACAAAGGGUUCUUCUGUUCUCUUAGAGUCGGGCCCUGUAAUCUCAUCUCCAAGCAAAGAAAGUUCUUGUCAAAUAAUUGAGGAAUCAGUCAAUGCCCCUGGAAGUCCUGUGGCUGACAAUGGUGGUGAGAUGUGCAGCAGUGGUGGCAGCUCUUUAGAAGCUCUGAGACUUCCUAAUGAUGAAGAUGAUGGUAUGAGUCUCACAGCAGCAGUUUAUCCGAAUGAGGAAGAGGCUGCUUUUCUUCGUUCCCUUGGAUGGGAUGAGAAUGCUGGUGAAGAUGAAGGUCUCACAGAAGAGGAGAUCAAUGCUUUUUAUCAAGAGUACACAAAACUGAGGCCAUCUCCGAAUGUCUGCCGGGGAGUGGAGCCAAUCCUCUCGAAACUGUCUGAAACUCGCAUUGGUAGUAUUGGCGGAGCCUCUGCGGAGAUCAUUCCAUCUGAUUCAGGAUUCAAAGCUUGAUUUACCAGCUCUGGAAGUCCAAAUUUUGCUGGCUGGAUGGUCCUUUGUUUUUGAAGGGACACCAAUCUUGGGGUAUGCAGGAGGAUAGGUUCCUGUGGGGAUUCAACAAAUAGUUCAAUAAGUUGGAGCUUUCAUGUUUGCUUGUGGAAAAAAAAAAUGAGGAUUUUAGGGAAUUUUGUUUCAGGAUAGAUAGAGGGUUUACCGUUUCGGAGGAGGUGCUGAGGGAGUUAGCAUCUUUUGGGGUAUUUUGGUCCUUUAUUUUCCAUCUCCUUGAAGAGGGUUCUGAUCUUUAGGAAGAAAUGCUUCUGGUGUUUCUUUUCAUUUUACAACUGAAAAAGGAAAAAGAAAGAGGAAGUUCAACGCUUUGGUUC